AGUUCGUCGUCGCGUCGAGCGCACGUCCCUACGCGCUUCCAAAUUUGAACUCCAACGAAUUUACGAUAUAUUUUUUUCUUUGUUUUUUUUUUUAAUUACGCAAGUGCAUGUUUUUAUUAUUGUGACAGUGACGUUUAGAAUUUUGGCGGGUCAUUGCGAUUUUUUUCGUUUGACAUCGAUUUGACAUAUUUCGAGACAGCUAUAUAGUGUAGCGGUGAAGUGAUGUCAGGAUUCGAACAGCUUGUGUAGUGCAGUGUUGUGUCCACUAAGCCAGGAGGAGUUGAUGCUGAGUGCGCCGAUAUAUUUGGCACGGGCAUGGAGAGCCGUGUGGGCCUGGACUACAUCGUAGAACAUGCAGAAUAUGCGGGCAAACUCGCUGCGGCCCUCUCCUCACCCGCCGCGCCUGUCAAGAAACAGGUGUUCGAGCUGCUAUCAGCAUUAUGCGUGUACAAUGCUGACGGCUACGCAAGAGCUGUGGACACCCUCGACCGAUACAAGACUUUAAAAAACGAGAGAUACCGUCUGAACAUCGUAGUGGAAGAGCUGAAGAAUGCAAGCACGACAGACUACAAGACUGCUCUGGUCGCCUUCAUCAACUGCCUUAUCAUCUCCGCCCCGAGGCUCCCCGACAGGAUCCGGGUGCGCAACGAGUUUAUCGGACUCGGUCUUCUCCCUACUUUAAAUAAUCUCAGACAUGAAGCUGCCAGUCACCCAGACCUGGGUGUGCAACUGGAUGUCUUCGAAGAACAGAGGGAAAGCGACGAAGCCCAAGGUCCAGGCGGGAUCAACCUCAACUCACAUCUCGAUGUUUUUUACGCAAUUCUUAAACAGGUGUCAGACACUCCACAAGAGAUCCCGUUCCUCAGCAUUCUGCAGCACCUCCUACGGAUAGACCCUAAGGAACCAGUCAGCGACAUCCUGUGGGACACAGCCGAGACACUAGUCCACAGAGCCACAUUGCUGGAGAGUAGGGAAGACGCUGCAAAGCUGUUGAGGGCUCCUAGUGUUCAGGCUAAGGUGGGGUGCUCGUGCGCGCACAGAGACGCGUCCGGCGCCGGCGCAGGCCGCAAGCAGAGCCUGCAGCGCGCGCUGUCCCCGCCGCCGCCGCCGCCGCCGCCCCCUCCCGCGUCUGCAAUCCCCCCACCGCCACCGCCAGCGAUGAUGAUACCACCUCCCCCACGGGCGCCUCCCCCUCCAAAUCAACCUCCCCCCGCACCCGCGCCCCCCUCCCCCACUCCCAUGCCAGACAUCAAGCUGCCGCAGCAGGAGACACCACUGCCUAAGACUAAGAUGAAGACGAUCAAUUGGAACAAGAUUCCUAAUAACAAGGUCAUCGGGCAGAAGAACAUCUGGUCGAUAGUAGCAUCCAGUCACAAACACUCACCCAAAACAGAACUGGACUGGACGGAGAUCGAAGGGCUCUUCUGUCAACAGAGCCAGCCGCCCGGGUCUGCGGGGUCGGCGGGGUCGGCGGGGUCGUCGCCGCGGCUCGGCCGCAGCGCCGCCGGCGACGCGCCGCCCGAGCGCCGCGCGCGCCGCGACGCCGCCGAGAUCACGCUACUGGACGGCAAGAGGAGCUUGAACGUCAACAUCUUCUUGAAGCAGUUCCGGAGUUCCAAUGAAGACAUAAUCCAGCUGAUCCGUGAAGGGUCCCACGACGACAUCGGCACAGAGAAGCUGCGGGGCCUGCUCAAGAUCCUGCCGGAGAUCGACGAGUGUGAGAUGCUGAAGGCUUUCACUGGAGACGUGACGAAGCUGGGCAACGCGGAGAAGUUCCUGCUGCAGCUGAUACAGAUUCCGAACUACAAACUCCGAAUAGAAUGUAUGCUGCUUAAAGAGGAGUGGGCGUCAACGGCUGGUUACUUGGAGAGUGCGAUCAACGCCAUUCUCGUAGCCGGAGACGACCUCAUGUCUUCCAGGGCUAUACAGGAGAUAUUGUACAUAGUGUUGAUAUCGGGCAACUUCCUGAACGCGGGGGGGUACGCGGGGGGCGCGGCGGGCGUCAAGCUGGCGUCGCUGCACAAGCUGCCCGACAUCAGGGCCAACAAGCCGGGGGUCACGCUCAUGCACUACGUCGCUAUGCAAGCCGAGCGCAAGAACAAAGAACUGGUGCACUUCGCAGACGACACGCGCGUGCUGGAGGAGGCGGCCAAGGCGAGCGUGGAGCAGCUCUAUAACGAGAUCAAGACGUUGUCCAACAGGAUAGGGCUGCUGAAGAAGGAGAUCCAGCAGCCCAACACGCAGCUCGACAUCAAGGAACAGAUGGGGGAUUUCUUACAGGUUGCGGAGCAAGAAGUGUCAGCGCUAAAUAAGGACAUGGAGGAUGUGGAAAGCAUGAGGAAACAGCUCGCCGAGUUCUUCUGUGAGGACCCAGUGGCCUUCAAGCUGGAGGAGUGUUUUAAAAUUUUCGUCUCGUUCUGUCUGAAGUUCCGCUCGGCCGCGAGCGACAACGAGCGGCGCCGCGCCAACGAGGAGCAGGCCGCGGCGAGAAGGCGAGCAAGGGAUGCGGCAGCGGCUCGCUUCAAAGGUGGUAGUAUAUGCAGUACCCCUGUGUCGGAGUGCGAGUCCCUCAUGGAGUCUCUGCUGCUAGACAUCCGCAACGGACUUGGUCGAAGGUCAUUGAGGUCAAGACCUCACGACCCUUCGCCAUCGCCAGACGUGACUCCAACAGGCAGCCUUCGUCGCCGUUCCAGGAACAGCAACGGCGGUGACGAUGAGGAGUCCCUUCUGGAGUUCCUCCGACACACGUCACCAGCGGCUCCGGAGCUUCGGGAGAGGAGCGCUUGGGGCAGCCUUGACCGUUCCUGGUCCCGUCGAGCCCCGAUCCGCGCUCGGCUCGAGAUCCCCGAACGAGAAAGAGAGAGAGAACGAGAGGCAGAAAGGGAAAGAGAGAGGGCGGUGUCACCACGAGCACCGGCCUCGCCAGCGCCGCAGCCGGAACAACCGAAACCCAAAGAAUGGCGUCAGAAGAUAGAAUCCUGGCUGCGCGCCAACAGCGCGGAGGAGAAGCGAGAUGCAGAGUUACGAGAGCGAGCGAGACGGCUGCAGGCCAACAGGCGGUCCUUGGAAAACGACUCCGAGAGCGAGGCGCGCGCGUGGCGGCCGGCCGUGCUGCCCGACAGCGACGUCGUGCGCGCGCUCGAGGCCGUCGAAGAUGUUCAACCGCCAAAGAAAGACAGAGUCCCGUGGAGGAAGACGGAAGAAAACGAAGAAAUGAGACGCCUCAGGCGACAACGAUCAAAACAACAAAUCGAAGCCACACAACCACUAGUCUCCAUCACUGAAGAGGAGAGGCGCAAACUACCAGAUAUCAGAGUCACUAGCGAUAAAGAGAACGUCACCAAAGUAGAAAGAACGGAUCGAGAAAUUGAUGCUGACAAUAUUGAAACUCCACCAGCUCAAAGGAAACUAUUCAACCCACCGCCAGACAGAGAACCCUGUCGGAAAUUCCAACCGUCCCUUUCUAGAUAUAACGUCAAUGAAAAAACAAAAGAAACGGAAAUGAAAGACCUAUGUCAGGAAAUUUUGGGCGAUGGACAAUUUGACAGAUUCUCAGCAGCUAGAAGAACGAGAAGAUAUAAAAGAAAUAAUGAUUCUAGUUCUCCAGAAGACGAAAAGAAACCUGAAAGCCCUGCUGAAAUCGUAGCUGAAACUCAAGUUAUCAGACCUACAAAAUUAGAAAUCCAAGCCUCAUAUCCAGUAGAUGCUCCACAAGAAGUAGCAAGACCUAUUGAAGUUGUGGUUAAAGAUGAAAAAGAAAACAGACUGAAAAAAUGGCAGGAUAGACUCAAAAACCAAAGCCAAACUACACCAACCAAAGAGACAAAAGCACCUUACUCGAGAAUGAGGCGGCAGACUUCUAUAAACCAAGAAGAUGUACAAAAAGCUAUAAGAGAACUAAAAUCUCCGACGGAAUCACCCACUGGGGUUUGGUCAAGGAAUGCGUAUAGGAAAUCAAUGAAUGCUAAAAUUGAACAUAAAGCACCAGAAAGAACCACAUCUCCUCGAAUCUCCAAAGUCAAAAGUGAACAUGAAUUGAACGACGAAGGUUUUGAAGAAACACAAAGUCUGAAUUCGGAAAGUGCUUCACAGGGUGCAUCGUCAGGUUGCAAUGUCGAAUGCGACUCUCCUACUCCAAAAAUCACAAAAUCUCCCGACCCAAAGAGAAUUUCGGCCAAAGAGACUCGUACUCCUCCAAGGACCCCUUUUGAUCCAAAACGAAACGUUACACCGAAAAGAACUAGUUCUUUACGUGUAGAAAGAUCUACAUCUCGAGCGUCAUUGCGGAGUUCUAGGAGUUCAUUGAAUAGUUCGGCUUCUGUGGCGACAGUGAAAAGAGCUCCAGCCCCAGUCAAGUCAACACCCAAACCUGUUCCAAAGCCAGUAUCCAGAAUGCCAGCGUCUAGGUCUUCUUCAUCAGGCAGCUCAGUGGGAACUUCUAGACCUCCUUUAAAAACUACAAAUAGAACAUCAGGAUUUAUGAGACCAACACAAGCAUCCAAAAGUCGAUUGACUCCUCAGCAAAUAGUCAGAGCUAGUGUCAAGUAGAUAAUUAAGAAUUUUCUGGUGCCUUAUUGUUAAAAAGACAUUGAAUUAUUGAAUUUAUACUCAUAUAUGAGUAUAAAUAUACUCAUAUCAUACAAGAGUGUGUUGUGUGAAUGAUUUUUCUAAAUAGGUAACGAUUCAUGCUAUAUUAUGGUAUAGUUUUGAAUCUUCCUAGAACGAGAAAAAAAGGAGCGUUUCGUAUUUUUUUUAAAAAGGAAAAUUAAAUAUAACUUUAAUUAACAAAAUAUUAUUGAAAUCUUCAGGUGCAACAGGCGUUAGAAUCUCAUCGAAAUCUGAAGCUUUCAAUGACUGAUAUUUUUAGAUUUAUUUGAAUUAGAUCUGUUUAUUUCCCGUACGAUAAAAUUUUAUAUUUUUAGCUAGAAUUAUUUAAAUAUUUUUGAUGUUCUAUAAUGUGCCACGAUUAAGUACGGGUCCUUAUAAUUAUUUAUCAUAUAGUUAUACAAUUUUUUACAUAGUCUAAUGGAAUAAAUCGUGUGCGAAAAUUUAGUUAGAAAUCUUUUGAAAAUAACUACUUUUAUUUUUGUUAUGUAUUUAUUUACAAACUACCUACCUACUUAUAAAACACAGUGAGUUAUACCAGUUUAUUUGGCAUUAUUUUGAAAUAUAUUACUAUAAGUAUUCCAUAGAAACAUACAAUGUAUGAUCUGAUUUUCAUGUAAUAUAAUAUAUUCCAUAAACUUAUAAGAACGUCACAAAAUGUUCAUAUUAUUAAAUAAGUUUUAACACCAAUGUUUUAUUAUAAGUAUGUUUAUCUACUAAACGACACACAAUAAAUGUUAUAAGUAUCUAAA